CACAUCUAUAUCUACAUUGACUACUGCAUCCCUCUGAUCUAGAGUGUAUAAUGCCUGCUCUACGCUUCGUCCGAUCUGUCUGGGAGUCCUUUCGGGCUACCUCGGGGCUGGAGCCUCGGCUCCUGGAUAAUCUCCGAGUGACGGCGGCCAAACCUGGCUUCGUCAACUUCGAACUCGAUGUUAAGAAAGAGCACACGAACCGUUUGAAUAUUCUCCAUGGCGGCACCAUUGCCAGUAUGGUGGACCUGGGUGGCUCGCUGGCUGUUGCCUCUCGCGGUUUGUUCGCCACGGGUGUGUCGACUGAUCUCAACGUGACGUAUAUCAGCUCCGGUGGUAAAAUCGGGGACCGGAUCUUGGCUGAGGCCAGCUGUGACAAGUUUGGCAAAACCCUCGCAUUCACCUCCAUCAACUUCCGCAACGCCAAGGGGGACAUUGUUGCCCGAGGAAGUCACACCAAGUAUAUCGCUCUCGCCUGGAAAGACCCGCAGAAUAUCGUCGAGGAGCUUGGAGGAAAGUCCAAGUCCAAAUCCGGGUAAUGCUGCGGUGCACUUCGUUUCAGCCUAUG